AUGGUUUUUUCGUCUACCGACCUGCGUGAAAUUAAAUCCGCUAUAACCUCCACAUUCAACGAGAAAUUCGUCAACGAAAUUGCGGUGAGGGUUGCUGUUCUGGUAAAAAAACAGUUCGAGGAACAACUGAAAUCUCAUAGGCAAGCCAUCGACACCCUAAGGAAACAAACAAACAUCCUGGAAGCAGAAAACAGGCGACUCAGGAAGUUCGUUGACCACAGGGAACAGUUGUUGGAGCGAAAUCAUAACGUUCGCAUCUUUGGGAUAGAAUUCACGAACGGUGAGGUUUUGGACAAAAAAAUUAUUGAUUUGUUUGUGAAUAAUUUGAAGGUAAAUAUACCUAACGAUGCCAUAAAAAAGUGCCGUCGUAUCGCCAACGAUAGCCCUCCGGCUGUUUUGGUACAGUUCAAUUGUGAUUCCGUCAGGCGCCAGGUGCUUAAAAAUCGUAACAAACUCCGUAACAUGGAAAUUAAAAUCAAGAGACCUAACAAAGAGUCGACUAAACCUAUUUAG